GCAUACUAAAUAAUAACACAUUUUUUGUGUUAUUGUGUUUUGUGUUAACUGUUUUGGUACAUAGAAGGGUUGUUUAAAUAUACAGUAUAGAAACCCAAAGCAAAGGACAAUUUUUUAAAUAUGCAGCCACCACCAUAAUCAACUUAGACAAUGCGGAUGGACAAAAAUGUGUGUAGGUUUUUCCUGUUCCUCUCUAUAAAUAAUUUUAUAUAGGAUUUAAUGACAAGAAUAUGUUUAGGUGAUCAGUGUCACCUGAACACCAUGAUUGCAGGAUGUGUUUGAGGAUUACUCAGUAAAUUGAUGAGUGCAAAGGCGUAUUUAAACUAAGAAUGGAUAGACACUACAGAUGAAACAACAGGAAAUAAGUGGGUCCUCACCUUGUAUACAUAGAUACCCAUAAGUCUAAUUUAAGACCCUGCUAAAGUUUCCACUGCUGGAUUCUUAAAAUGUUGUAGACUUAACCCUGAGGGAGCAGAAGAAACAAUUACUAUAAUUAAAGUAUCCUGUUGUAUUUACUCUUUGUUAAUUUGUUUUCAUGCACAUCUCUCUUUCGCUCAAUUAUUUGAGAUUAAACUAGAGAUUUUUACUCCACCUCGCUUAGUUUCGAUUAUUCAUGAAGCCUGACUACAUGUGUGUCUGAUUAGAUAAAGUGCUCACAGUACUGAUCACAUUAUAUAAACCUUUACUUUCGGCUCCUAACGCUCGCAAUAGCACAUACUUCACACAACCGCACAGCUAUCAAGGUGACUGGCAUGUUCACGGUGUAAUUAUGUUCUGUGUGCUGAGAUAUAAUGUGUAUGUAAGAACUAAUCUGAUCACAGCGAACUGUGUAUAGUUUAGGUCCAUUACUGAUAUGAAUGCGCCCACGUCUAAAUCCAAAUCCUCGUGGCGAGGGUGGUGGUGGGCUUGUGUGUAUGUUUAUAUUUCUCAUAGUUUAUGCAAACAUGAGAGAUGUGUAUUAAAUUUUAAAGCUUUCCUCCUCAGUUAGAAUAAUGGAUUUCUAAUUUUAAAGAGAUUUGUGAGACGUCCAACAGAAAACUUUUCUGACACCUUUUUAUUUUUUUGUAAUAACAUAUUUUUAGGGAAUAUUCGGUAAACUGCCAAAUUGCUGCUUUUUUGUUGUUUUGUCUCUUUUGCUUUGCUUUUUUCCGACUGUUGUGUUUUUCUUGAUUUUAAUUAUCUUCACCAGUUGCAACUAAUGAUUACAGUCAAUAUUCAAUUUGAUGUCACCAAAUUGCUUGUUUUGAUUUUUGAUUGACCAAUAGUUCAAAAAAGGCAGCAAAUUGUUUUUGCUUGAAAGACUGCAACAAUGAAUUGAUUUUCAAAUAGUUGCUGAUUAGUUUUCUGACAAUCGAUUUAUUGACCUGUUGCGGAAUGAAUUUAAGCCUGUUCAUGUUGCAAAACUAGAACAAUGGACUCUGCACCAAACCUGAUGGCAGCUACAGACAGAAAUAUGCAUAACUAACAGAAAUAUGCAAGACUUCUCUCACUCUGAACUAAAACGGGCUUGAUAGUCAAUACAUUUAACCAUAUCAGUUAUGGAUAGUGGAUGUUACAUGUAAAUAUAGUAUAAAAUGUGUUGUUAUGAGGGUACGUUGUUGCCCCUUUUGUUCAGCAGAGGAUCUCAAAAACUUUUCCAUUGAAUCUGGAUUAGAUUUAUUUAUAAGAUUUUGCUGCUGCUGAUCUAAGUGAUGCAUAUUGAUUUUAGUCCCAUAUAGAGACAGAUACUAUUUAUAAACCCCAGCCCUUUGUUUGUAGAGUAAAGAAAUCCAUUAAUUAAAGAAAGUGAUUCUUGCCAGAAGGUUAUAUCUAUUGCCAGAGAUAAUAUUGCUGCUGUGUCUGCCAAAUGCGUCUGCCAAAUGAGUGAAAUGAGUAAAUGCUGCUGGUCCCGUAAGAAAUGUUCCAACAUUAGAACCCAACUGAAAUCCCAUUCAACAUCACGCCUCUAAACAUCUAAAAAAAACAAACCCAUCUGAAUACAGGCUCCCCUCUCUUCUCUGCCGAGUGUGAUCACGUUGCUGAAAUCAAACUGGGAAUCAGCAGUCACAAUGGUCACUUUUCACUCCAUCCAAGUAGUAAAUCCCUUCCCUUUAAACCACCUCUUACCUAAAGUGUGUGCUCAAAAUUACAUCAUCCAAAAUGUGCACUGGCCCUGCCUUGCAUCAUGGGAGCGCCUCCACCAUUGGCCUAACACCCUCACCAUCACUUCCUCCCCUCCUGCCCCUUCUUCUCACCCUUUGCCACUUUAUGCUGAUUGAAUAGAAAAAGCAAUCUGUCGGAUGUAAUCUGGUGUGACGCCACUAAUCCCAACGCUACAAAUCAUAGGUCCCGGCCCUCUUGCUCCCCACAGACCCCUGCGACUCCCUUCCGGCAACUUCACAACUGCCUCAGGUAAGACCCGGCCUCCUCUCACUGAUGUGCUACUUCACACUCUUUUCUUUCAAAGAUUUUGUACAGCUCUGCAGCUCUUCUGGGUCCCUCUGUAGUUGAACAUUGAUGUUCUCUUAUGAAGUGGCAUGAAAUACAAAAUUUGGAUAUUUGGCCUUGGACUCCCAAGCAAAAUUUUCUUCUUGUAUUUUGACAUAUUUGAAUCUAAUUAAGUGAAGACUGUUCAUAUCUUGCUCAGUAGGUGCAUCAAAGGGACUAAUACCACUGGCAAGGUUCAGAGCUGCUUUCCCACUUUGACCAACAACUCCCAAAAUGCAAGUGCUCAUAGUGCUGCAGCUUUCUAUUGAAGGGAAUAUAUUAUGUUACAAUACAAAGAUAUCCGUCAAUAUGAUGCAGUGGUCUUUAGAAAUGUGAAUUAAAUUAGAGCUAUUAAUUUUGGUCUAUAAAAUGCUAGUUUAUUCUAAUAAAAAUAUUUAAAGCCAAAGGUUUUGUCUUCAAAUUGCUUGUUUUAUUUGACCUAUUACCUAAAAACCAAAGAUAUAAAUUUUACUGUCACAUAUCUGGACAAAUGAGAGGCUGGAGAUAGGUUGUGUUUUGUAUUUUUACUUGAUAAUAGAUUAUCAAAAUAGAAACAAAGAAAAAUAAGUUUUAAAUACUUUAAAUGUCCAUUUGGGAGAUUUAAGGGAACAUUCAGGUUCAAGUUGUUGUACACUGAUUUUACCAAUAAUACAAACUGAAUUUCUGCACAUUCAUGAUUAUACAGAAUUAAACAACAUGAGUUUUAGCCUUUAUAACAUAUGUGAGCCUGUUGAUUAUGAAACCAAAAGACUGUCGACUUUAAAUCUCCUGACAAAUCAUCCAGGAAUGGGCAAGUGCUAAAUAUAGCCGGAUCAAGGUACCCUGUGAUAGCAGAGAGGGUGGGAUGAAGGGGGAUUAUUGUGGAACAGUGUGUACAGUGUGUGAAUUGUUUUUUUGUUUUUUUUACUGAGUCUCAUGUGAGACCCAUGUCAAAUUCCCUUUUGUUUUCUUCCACACAGUACAAAGCUGAUACAAAGAGCAGAAGACAUGGCUGUGGUUAGUGGAACUUACCGUAUGGUGUCGGAGGAGGAGCAGGCUCUCAGGUCCAAGCUGGAACGUCUUACCGUCAAGGAUCACGGGCCAGUGUUUGGACCCUGCGCCAGCCUGCCAGACCACACUAAGCAGAAGGCCAAGGAUGAGCUGAAUGAGACAGAUGAGAAGCGGGCAGAGGCAGUGAAAGAGCUGCGAGCAAUGAUUAAGGAGAAGGCGGAUGGAGGUGAUGAAAUAGCUAAGGGGGUGCAGGAAACGUUUGGGGAGAAACCGGACAGUUUGCUGGUCCGCUUCAUCCGUGCCAGGAAGUAUGACAUGCCCAGAGCCUUCGAGCUUAUGAAGGGCUACGUGCGUUUCAGGAAGAAUUACCCUGAGCUGUUCGAGAAUCUGACCCCAGAGGCCGUACGCAGUACCAUCGAGGCCGGCUACCCUGGCAUCCUGCACAGCAGGGACAAAUAUGGCCGUGUGGUUCUGCUCUUCAACAUUGAGAACUGGGACUAUGAGGAGAUCACCUUUGAUGAGAUCUUGCGUGCCUACUGUGUGAUUCUGGAGAAGCUGCUGGAGAACGAGGAGACUCAGAUCAAUGGGUUCUGCAUCAUUGAGAACUUCAAGGGCUUCACUAUGCAGCAGGCAUCAGGAAUCAAACCCACUGAGCUCAAGAAGAUGGUGGACAUGUUGCAGGAUUCAUUCCCUGCCCGUUUCAAAGCUGUGCACUUCAUCCACCAGCCCUGGUACUUCACCACCACCUACAAUGUGGUCAAACCACUCAUGAAGAGCAAGCUGCUAGAGAGAGUGUUCGUCCACGGAGACGAGCUGGAUAACUACUACAAGGAGUUUGAUGCUGACAUCCUUCCCUCUGAGUUUGAUGGAAAAGGUUCUAAGUACGACGGCAAGGCCACAGCUGCCAAGCUGUUUGACUAAACGUCCUCCAUCCUUUUGCCAACCAAGCAAAGAGCCAUUAUAUUACAAACCCCACAGGUGGAGGAGACCCAUAGCCAAAUCUAGCAGUGUGGUUUUAGGAAAAAAGUUAUGAAUGAAAGUCGAGUGUGUGAGAAGUUCAAGUGAUGCUGUUUUGCAGAGGUUCUGACCAAGCAAAGUCCAACAAGAAUGAGGGAGUCUAAUGAUCAGUCAAUGAGACCACUCUUUGUUGACACCUUACAAUUUUGCAUGUUUAGCAUUGAUGAUCUAUAGCCAUUAUAGGACUAGAGGCACUUGCAUAUUUUCAAGUCUUAGAUCAUUAAUUAUGGAUGCAUACUCCCAGACAAGCACUGACUUCACUUCACACCAGAAGGUCCCUAUAGUAUGAAAAUCAGCCUCCUUAGUCUUAAGACUGGCUUGAAAUUAACAUUUAGGUGCCUUUAUUUUUUUGCCGUAUUUUGCUGAUUUGACGCUUGGUUGUCGGUGUAGUCAAAGAAUCUCCGAUAUUCAAGAUUUCAGUGGUUGCAGGCAAACAGCAAUCCUUUCAUUACACAAAAAUACUAAAUUCACUAAUAUUUUCAAUGUCCAUAACAUCUAAGAGCUUACUGAACGUCACCAAACAAGGAAACAUUUUCACAGCAGUACAUGCUCACAACAGCUUUACUGGAACUGAUCAAAAAAUAACGGUGACCAAAUGUUGGUUGUGGAUUACCUAUGUUAAGCAGAUUUAAAGGCUUUGCAAGUUGAUUUUCAUGCCAAACUCAAAUGAACUGAAGGCAGUGGCUGUCCGGGAGACAUGGCAUGGUAGUUAAUGGGCAAAAAAUGCAAAAGAAACUGUAUGAUACAUUGACCAUUCAGAUACAGUCGUCUCAUGUAAUUUCAUGAAUGAAAAAUUGAUAAAAUAUUUAUUCUAAAUACACAGGCUGACCCAUGUAAUGCCAAAUUAGUGUUUACCGCUUGGCUUUGAACAGGAGAUUUUCUCUUGCUCAUCUCUGUUAAGUCUUGCUUUGUUUGGACCAUAGUUCACCCACACAGCUUCAUUUGACACUGGCAGGCCCCAGCUUUCUCAGUCUCCACCCUCUGCCCCCGCCCCUUGAUGUACAAGGCUGAUAUUCCAACAAGUGCCUGUCUCUUGUGUGUUUUUUAGAUUGUUAUUCAAUAUGAAUAUUAUGACCUAUUACCCAUUGUGCUACCUGGUGCACCAAUAAGAAUGUCAAUCAAUGUACAAUAAACUGUAUAUAAAUAUAA